CCGUUGGAUCUCUCCGACUAAGUAGAAAAAAAAAACCUAAAUUCUUCAAUCACGCAAUUCAUUUCUUCCCGAUCAAAACCCAUUUCUUGAAUUUCUGUGAAUUUCUCAUCUGAAUCGCAAAUUCUCGAUCUUGAAUUCAACAACAAUGGCGGCUUUAGCCCCCGGAAUCCUUCAAAAGCUAAUCGACGGUAUGAAAACCGGAGUUAAACCCACCGGAGAACACAGAAGCUCUUUAUUACAAGUCACAGAUAUCGUCCCCGUUGAUCUUGACGAGAAGAAUCUUUUACCCAAACAAGGCUUCUUCAUAAAAGUCUCUGAUUCUUCUCACUCAAUCUACGUUAGUCUUCCUUCUGAUCAAGACGACGACGUUCUCAGCAACAAGAUGCAGUUAGGUCAGUUUAUCUACGUUGAUCGGCUUGAUCCAGGGACACCUGUUCCGAUCAUCAAAGGUGCUAGACCGAUUCCGGGACGACAUCCGUUGCUUGGAACUCCUGAGCCAUUGAUGAGUACAAGAGGAAAGAUUGAGAAAGAGUCUGGGACGAGACCGAGAAGAGGUUCUUGGGGUCAAAAUGGUGAUGUUUCGUCUCCGUUUGUGUUAAAGCCUGCACCUUUGGAUUUUGAUCAGUGUACGCCAGCGAAACAUAGACUUGGUACGGGGAGAUUUAUGGCGGGGUCUCCGGUGGUUAUGACUAGAGGGAGAUCACCUGGUGGUGUUAGGUGUUCUUAUGGCGGAGGGCUUUUGUCGAAAAUGGUGGAUCUUAAAGGAGAAAGUCCUGCUGCGAUGAUGAGGAAGAGCUGUGUUGUUCCGCCGAGUUCGAAGUUUCCGAGAAGUAGAAGUGUUUGCGAUAGAGAGAUGAUGGUGAAGAACUCUGUUUCUUCUGUUCUUCUUAGUCCUUUUAAAUCCUCUGCAAAGAAAAGCGAUUCACCUCCUCCGAGUAUGCAUACUAGAAGAGCAACAGCAGCUGCUUUGUUGGAAGAUGAAAGAGAGGCUCCAAAGUCUACCUCAAAGCUGGCUUCUCCAAAGCAUGAAUCUAAGUUUAGUAAGUUGGAAAAACCAGAGAAGAGUUUGAGUCUACCUGGAAGACUUAGCACACUGAGCAAGGAAGCUAUGCAGCAGCGAGAGACGGCUCAGAAGAUAGCUCUUCAGGCGUUGAGAGAAGCUACAGCUACCGAAACAGUCGUUCGUCAUCUCAAGACAUUUGCCAAUCUAAGCAAAUCAGCAAAAGCUGAUUGUCCGGCUGCCUGCUUGGACAAGUUCUUGGAGUUUCACAGCCAGAUAUCUGAAACCGUGAACGAAAUCGCGUCCAUUGAAGCAGCUGCUUCUACUAAUGAGAACAAAUCUGAGGAUGCAUCAUCGUCGAUACUACACGAAAUCCCGCACAACUCUAUUGAUCAGGAGAAAACAACAUCAAAGAGAAGAACUGUCCUGAAGCAGCAGCAAAAUCACAAGCAAUUAAGAUCAAACGAUGAGAACAAGAACCCGCUUUCCGGGUUAGGAAACACGGCCAGGUUGGUUAAAGAGAUAGAGAAAGAAGCUGCAAAUUGGUUCAUGGAGUUUAUAGAAAAGGCUUUGGAGAAAGGGAUGAAGAAAUGUAAAGGCACAAGUGAUGCAGAUGUUAAGAAGGUUCCACAGUCUCUGAUUCUCAAAGUUGUAAACUGGGUGGAAGCAGAACAAUCUGCUGAUAACAUGAAACGACCAGUGCAUCCAAAAGCAUCACAUAUCACUAGAAAGCUCAGAAUCAAGUUGAAGAAUCCAUGAACCAUAAGCGCGAUAUCGAGAUUUUAUGUUGUUUGUUACCACUUCUACGUCUACUGUGAAAAGGCUUUUAGUUUCCACUGCUUAUAGAGAGAUUAUUCAUGAAUUCUAUUGUUAUAUUAGUCAAGUUCAUAUACACAUCAAUGAAACUAAUAAGAGUAUGUGUUUAUU